AUGGACAUCCUUGUUAAACAUUUUGAGAAGCAAAAGAACAAGCAUUCGAACAACAUAGAGUUUCAGAAUGCAAUUUUGAUGGCGUGGCACGCCUUUGAUAAGUAUUAUCUCCUCACUGAUGAAGUGCCAGCUUAUGCAGCCGCUUUGCUCCUUCAUCCCUCGAGGCGAAAGCGCUAUAUUGGUGUAAACUGGAACAAGGCUUGGGUAACAGCAGUGCUCCCAAAGCUUCAAGGACUCUGGGAGGAAAGGUAUGCGACGGCUGAAGCGGAUCAUAUUUCCGACUCGUCGGAGCCAACUCAGGAGCCAGAUGAGUAUGAUAUUCUUGAGCAAGAUCUUGACGUAGUACAAACCUCGGCUGAUAAUUGGGCAUCCUUUAUUGAAGCUGAUCCUACUGAGAUCUCCACAAAGACCGCGUUGGAGUGGUGGUGUCAAAAGCAACAAAGAGCACGGUACCCGCGCCUCUCUCUUAUGGCAAUUGACAUCCUGUCGGUGCCAGCAAUGUCGGCAGAAGCGGAGCGCGUUUUCUCGGGGGCUAGACGCCAAAUACCUUGGAGCAGAGCGAAUUUGGGAUCAGGGACAGUCGAACAGAUGGAACGCUUGAAACAUUGGCUGAAGAAUGGGUGGCUUGAUCAGCUCAACAUAGCCUUACCAGGAGAGCGAGGUGGACAGGAAGCGGAAGGCGAAUCAGGUACGAGAUGGGGCGGUAGCAUGGCAAGUUGUGCAUCCCAGGGCUUUGAGGAUGCGCUCUCAGACACGAGUUUGUGGUAA